GCGGUAACGAUUUUCAAUUUAAAAAUGCACGAAUUUAAAAACUCAUAAAUCCUUCUGAUUACAGUUUUUGCAUGAUACGCUAUGUGUGGACGUUUCUCUAGUGCAAUUAUGGAAGAAAUAAUAGAAAUUGACUUUGGAAAGGUCGCUCUGGGUACAACGGCUACUGAAAUCAUCAAAUUACGCAAUCAGAGCUGUUGAAUAUUUUUUCAGAAAAAACAGUCGUACGAGGUUCGUAGAGAUCCAAUUACGAAUCCUUUGGAUUAUGUUUUCAGUUUGGAAAAAUACGCCUGGUCCCUCCUACCCGGAGAAUCUUUUAUUUGCCAUAUUUAUUACAAACCGACUACCUAUUUUCAUAAAAAUACGGAUUAUUUUAUAGUAGACGAUUGUGAUUUUAAGCGUUACAAAAUUAUCGUACGAGGAAAUUGCAUUGGCCCUGAUAUUCAAUUUUCCGUGUCAAAACUUGUGAUGAUUUGUUCCAAGGAUGAAGACUCGACCAAGAAGAGAAUUCGGAUGACAAAUAAUUCCGAUAUUAAAGGACGAUUUAUGUUUGAUAUCGACGAGAAUCAAUCCCAAUUCAAAUUGAACUUGUAUCAUGGAAUAAUUAAUCCAUUUGAUAACCAACUUCUGACAAUCACUUACAUCCCUCGUAAAACUGGAUGCUGCGUCAUGUAUCUUCCUUGUAUUGUAGAAAGUCAGGGUCCCAUUAUUUUGGAGCUUUAUGGAUAUUCCACUGAUCGAUUUCUUAAAGAAGAUAACAUCUGUCUUGAGACUUUUCCAAAUUCUUUAGCAGAGUUUAAAAGUUUCGAAGGAUACAUGAAAGACAAUAAUUCUAUCCUAGAAGGAUAUACUCCUCCUUCGUCACUUUCAUCUAACUACAUAAAUUUUGGUAAAGUCAAUAACGAGCAUACAACACAUACCGUAUGUUUCACAAAUCACAGUCAGAUCGACUUUUCAAUUAAAUGGGACGAAGAUAUUGAUAAAAUCUUCACUAUGAGUCCUAGUAGCGCCAUAGUACAUGCCCAGCAAUCAAUUCUCUUCGAAGUUCAUUUUCAGCCUGAUAAGGAAUCAGCUGUUUAUCAUAGAGAAUUAUUCGCCAAUAUUUUGUGGAAUAAUGAUAACUUUGAAAACGAGAUUGAGAGUCAAUCAAAAGAAUUGAUAGUGUUCGUUCCUUUAGUAUCAUCUAUUCGAAUGAUAGGUCAUUCGUUUCCGCUAACGUCUACCGGAUGGAUUCCGCAAUAUGAACUUCCUCAAAUAGUUAUUUUACCACCGACGACACCUUCGCAAGCAGUUUACACGACUUUUGUCAUUAAAAAUCAUGGAUAUCUUCCGUUAACCUUUCGUUUUGUGGCGCCACAUCUAACUCACUUUAGCGUGAAGCCGCUUCUGGGUACAAUUUACAGAAAUCAUCAGGCAAUCGUCCUAGGCAUGUUUCCUAAGGUUGAGAAUAACUUACUGUAUAUGGAACGAUGGGCGGUACAGUUUAAUGAAAAUCCAAAAAAUGAGACUUACGUUGAUUUCAAAGGAUACGCGGAAUUUCCACAUGUAACUAUAGGCGAUAAUGAAUUAGUGGAAUUUUUACCAGUCUAUCCUGAAUGUCAUCAGAAGAAAGAAGUCAUCAUGCGGAAUAUAACGCGUCAUCGAAUAACGUAUUCAUUUCAUAACUUACCUAAAGAACUGUGCAUCGCACCGUCAAGUGGCGAAAUUCAUGCAAACGAGGCAAUUGUAUUAAACUGGACGUUCUGUCCAGUAAAAUUAGGCGAAUACGUUUUCAGUCUUGAUUGCCGUUUAAGGGGAUUGAGAAAUGGACGUUUUAUUGGAAAUACUCAAAAUAUCAGUGUAAAAGCAAUAGGAAGAUGCGAGCUUGGCUACCUUGUUGCGCUACCGGAUGUGCUGGAUUUUGGAAUUCAGGCCUAUGGAGAAUCACAGGAACUUAGUUUUCACGUAUUUAACUUCAGUGCCGUAAAGAUUCACUUCAAAAUAGAGUGUGCACACAGCAACUGGCCGGUUGGCGACAUAAAACGUGAUUUACGAAUCCAUCCUGUUUUGGAGACUCUUCAUCCUGGUCAAAAUCAAAGAAUCCUUGUUCGACUGACACCACAGGAAUCUGGGUAUUAUGAAUUGUCGAUUCGUUAUUACGUCAGGAUCAAUACUGAAAAAACAGUGUCGCUUGCAGAACCUCGAGAAGUAUGCACAUUAAAGUGCGCCUGUAUUCUGCCAAUUUUGAAAAUCAAAGAUCUGCUGUACCAUGGAUCUGGUCCAAAUAUAAGCAAAAUUCUCCUAUGGAAAAUGAUACAGAUAAACAAAUUGAAUUCCAUUAUAAAAGAUAUAAUGCCUGACGAGACAAGAAGUAUUGCAAUGCACUUCCCAGCCUUCACUGCACACGAGAAUCCAUUUCUUAUAAAGUUACUCAUGGUUAAUCCAACUUCCGUUUCCGUUUCCUGGACUUUGAAAAGGAUUCAAUUGUGCUCUUGCCAACUUAUUGUCAAAUCUAGGAGCUUCUCGUUUCAAUCUAUUGAAUACAAUUGUAUACACAGAGAAGCAUGUAAGAUUUAUCCAAAAGCAGGAACUCUGGAACCCAGAAAAGAAGCUAUGCUAACGAUAGAGUUACUUUAUAAAUUACCAGGAACAACAGAACUUCAGUGGGACUUUAUUCUAAGCAACAACCGUCACAUUUUUUUGAAAACAAACAUCCUCACGAUAUUAGAACAAGAAUCGAAAGCUAUGAUGCUUUAUGGAUCGCAGAUAAAUCUCGAAAGUAUUUAUAUUGGGGAUUUUGAUCCCAUUUAUCAGAUGUGCUGGAUGUACAACAAUACUAAUCAAGACGUAUCUUACUCGCUGGAUAUUAAUUCAUUACGCAAUGCCAAUAAGACGUAUCUCAACGAAGUAUUUUCGUGUCUUCAUCCUUCUGGUAGAAUACCAAAAAAUUCUCACAAACCCAUAAUACUAAAAUUUCAGCCGAAACACUCAGGACAAUUUUAUGCAAAUGUUCCUCUGAUGCUUGGAAAUAAAACGACAGAAUUGCAACUCCGUUGCGAAACUACUGGCUAUUUCAAAACUCAAAUUCUUACCGAAAUAUCACCAGUUUGCGAUAUAUUUUCCAUUGACCAAGUACCUAUGUAUUUUAAUACGGAUCAUAUAAUAUUACCACCUAUGGGAACACAUAGUAAAAUCACCAGGAUAUUGAUGAUUCAGAGUACUCUCAGGACCGACGUGCUUGGCUAUGAAUGGAAAAACUACGAUUUGCCAGGAAUUAUUUCAAUUCAUAUUGAACCACGUAAAGGUCGGAUACAACCGGAAACACCUCAAACAUUUUAUGUGACUGUGACUACCGGUGGAUACGCUUGUAAAAUUAAUCCUGAUGUUACGUGCGAAUUUAUUAACGUUAGUGAACUACGUGCUUAUAAGAAGAACAUUUUAGUUUGUCGUAUUGAAUCUGAGGAAUUGAAAGGACAAUUUUCUAUUACGGAAAAGGGCACGGACGUUCCUAUGCCACGUACUGAAAUCAGGGAAAUACCUCUGCCUUUUCACAAGGCUGUUACUGUUCUUUGUUAUGUAUAUGCUGCGCAAGAUGAAGAUUUAAAAACUACUGUUAUGCAGCAAUUAACUAAUUAUCCGCCGAACGAAAUACCUUUGACGAAUAUGAAUGAAUCUAAACGUGUUGUUGAGGAAAAUUUGAUAAAUAUGGCCAGCUUCAUUUUGGAAGGGAUGAUAUGGAAAAUUUUAAAUAGCAAAUUUUUUGAGGAUGUUGCAUUAAAGAUCUUGACCGAAAACCAAGAUUUGAAAUAUUCUCAAUUUUCUGUUAAUGAAAUACGCAGAAGAAAAUUAAUAAAAAAUUCUUACAUUGUACCUCCUCGCAGAUACAUCGCUGCAAUACUGGAACGCAUGACAUUUAUGAUAAUACACGAAGAAUUUGUUUUGGAUAUAUCACACUUAGCACAGUCAUUUGACGUCAGGGAUAUUACAUAUAUGAAAAUUUGUCCCCAGUUACGUGAAAUUAAAAUGUGUUCUGAUGAUAGCGAAAAAGCAGAGCCUGCUGCAGUGAGUCAGAUUAAGAAAGAAUCAAAUAUCAAUGAAAAUCCAGAUAUACCAUAUACCGUUACUUUCAAUAAUUUAUAAGACUGACUACGCUUGGGU